AUGAACGGGGGCAUCGCUCCGCCGCUGGCCGCGGCCGGGCCGACGGAGGCGGCGGCCACGCCGAGCCAUCGGCGGCUGCCGGACUUCCUCCAGAGCGUGAACCUCAAGUACGUGAAGCUGGGGUACCACUACCUCAUCACCCACCUCAUCACGCUGCUGCUGCUGCCGCUCAUGGCCGUCAUCGUCCUCGAGGCCGGCCGCACCGACCCCGACGACCUCCGCCAGCUCUGGCUGCACCUCCAGUACAACCUCGUCUCGGUCCUCGUCCUCUCCGCCGUCCUCGUCUUCGGCGCCACCGUGUACGCGCUCACCCGCCCCCGCCCGGUCUACCUCGUCGACUUCGCCUGCUACAAGGCGCCCGACCACCUCAAGGUCGGCUUCCAGGAGUUCCUCCGCCACUCGGCGCUCUGCGGCUUCUCCCACGACGCCCUCGAGUUCCAGCGCAAGAUCCUCGAGCGCUCCGGCCUCAGCGAGGAGACCUACUGCCCCGAGGGUAUGCACGCUAUCCCGCCCGAGCCCACCAUGGCCAACGCCCGCGCCGAGGCCGAGUCCGUCAUGUUCGGCGCGCUCGACAGCCUCUUCGCCGCCACCGGCGUCAAGCCCAAGGACGUCGGCAUCCUCGUCGUCAACUGCAGUCUCUUCAACCCGACCCCCUCGCUCUCCGCCAUGAUCGUCAACCGGUACAAUCUCAGGGGCAACGUCCGGAGCUUCAACCUCGGCGGCAUGGGCUGCAGCGCCGGCGUCAUCGCCAUCGACCUCGCGCGCGACAUGCUGCAGGUGCACCGCGGCACCUACGCCGUGGUGGUGAGCACGGAGAACAUCACCCAGAACUGGUACUUCGGCAACCGCAAGUCCAUGCUCAUCCCCAACUGCCUCUUCCGCGUCGGCUGCUCCGCGGUGCUCCUGUCCAACCGCGGCGCCGACCGCCGCCGCGCAAAGUACAGCCUCAAGCACGUGGUGCGCACGCACAAGGGCGCCGACGACAAGGCCUUCAACUGCGUGUACCAGGAGCAGGACAGCGAGGGCAAGACGGGCGUCUCCCUGUCCAAGGACCUGAUGGCGAUCGCCGGAGGCGCGCUCAAGACCAACAUCACCACGCUGGGGCCGCUGGUGCUCCCCUUCAGCGAGCAGCUGCUCUUCUUCGCCACGCUGGUGUCCAAGAAGCUCUUCAACGCCAAGGUGAAGCCCUACAUCCCGGACUUCAAGCUGGCGUUCGAGCACUUCUGCAUCCACGCCGGCGGGCGCGCGGUGAUCGACGAGCUGGAGAAGAACCUGCAGCUGCAGCCGGUGCACGUGGAGGCGUCCCGGAUGACGCUGCACCGGUUCGGCAACACCUCCAGCAGCUCCAUCUGGUACGAGCUGGCCUACAUGGAGGCCAAGGGCCGGGUCCGGCGCGGCGACCGCAUCUGGCAGAUCGCCUUCGGCAGCGGGUUCAAGUGCAACAGCGCGGUCUGGCACGCCCUGCGCAACGUCAAGCCGUCGCCCAGCACCCCCUGGGACGACUGCAUCGACCGCUACCCGGUGGAGCUCGUCGACGGCUUCCCCACCCACACCCACAUCCACAAGUAG